UGUAUUGUAUUGUUUAUCUUUAUCAUUAUCUUUAUUGUUUGUAAUAUUGUUGGAUUGCCAAAAAAAAUUUAAUCCAAAAACUCAAUUGAAAUCCCAUUUAUUGUCUUUCUUGAACCUUCAUAAUUAACUUAGAUCAAAUGAAAAUAGAAGUUGAAUAAGUGACUGGAUUUACAGAUGAAUUCUCAACCAUGACUAUCUUAGUUGCAUGAGUGUUUUCUUAAAUGCAUACCAACUAGGUUUCGUAGUGGCCAAGGAUCUGGUCUCCAACGCAAGAACUCUCCUCAACCCAAAAGUCAUCGCUACUUUCCUCCUCCUCCUUUUCUUUACUUUUGCCAUAAUCACAACACAUUCCAUAGCUUCACUCUCUAUUCAAUUCCAUGCAUUUUCAUCCCCACUUCAAAACAACCCUAAUACUCCACAUUACUCAAUGGAAAAGGACACCGCUUCUUCAACCUACCAAUCAAAGCUCAAAUCUCAGUUAGAGCUCUUAAUCGAUUUUGAAGAGGAUAAUAGAGAUGACGUUGAUGAUGGAAUGAGAACGUUUUACCCAUGCCCAUUUUUCAAGGAUGAUUUUGAUCUUCUAGAGCUAUGUUGCCAUAUUGAUUUGGAACAUCCAAUUGAUGCCACCUCUGGGGUAAUUUCUUUUUCUUUAGCUUUUCUUCAUACUUCAUUAUCUCAUUUUACUUAUUUUAUGUUUUUUCAUUUGUCUUUCAUUCAACUAUGUUGUUCCUUGACUGUUGAUUACAGUAAUCUCAAAUCAAAAUACCAUAAACAUGAUUUGUACCCGAAACUUUCGUUUUCAAGAAAGGGUGGACGGAAUGGACACGAGCAAUCUUCUUCGGACGGGUUGUCAUCGCCUGGGAUGUCAACCUCCAAGGCAGUUUGUGAUCCAUUUCUGUCAUUUGUAUGUGGCUCGCCAGCUUCUGGUGAACAUGGAAAUGUGCAGCCUGAUUCUUCAAGUGAAGCAAGCAUUGAAGAAAUACACUCAGAUGAUCUAUUGCUAGAAAGAGAUGUUCCACCACCUUUAUGUGAGAAAUACAAAAUGGAGAAAACAAGGCGAAGUGAGUUUGUACAAGGGCUUUUGUUUUUUACUAUUCUUGAUCCUGACUUUUGACCCAUACAUUAUCAGUUUUUAUCAAUUUGGUGGAUGGAAAAAGAGAGGAAAAGAAGGCUACGUUAUCUUCUUGAGAUGAUAAAUAGUGUGUAUGAACUAUAUGUAUGCAUUGGGAUGUAUCUAGUCAAUAGUAUAUAGAGCUAAGCAAUUCAAUAAAGAGAGAGCUAAGCUAUGUGUAGACAUUAUAUAUAUUUAUAUUUAUUUAUUUU